AUGGGUCUCGCGUGGUUUAUAUUGCUGAUGUUUGCGCUGGACAUGGUGACCACAGACGUGCCGCGCACCCGCCUGCCUCCCGCCGUCUCUGCGUGCAACACAAGUGUCACCUACAACAAAGUGCUGCUGAAACACGUCACCCUCCUGUCCAAGUACGUGUUUACGGGUAAAGUGUUUGGUGUAAAAUCCGGUUAUAAUGGAACCCGAAUUUACAAAGUGAACAUACGCCGGGUAUUGAAGGGUGAUUUAAAUGAUAUAGGUGUGCUAGUGAAGUUUGGAACCGCAAAGUCUUUACGGUUCAGUGACGCUACGAUUUUCGUCGAGAGCUCUAGUAUAUCGUGUCCACCUCUACGUGUUCGCACAUACGGUAUAUUUUUAACUGAAAAGCGCCGAGAAGGGGGUACUUUGUGGCUUAGCUUAGUAAUAGAACCUCUGGUGUUGACGUUAAGAAGUAUAGGAAUAAUCGAGGCGGUCGUCAAAGCCGGUAUGGCACGAGCAGACGGAUCACCUGAUGGUAAGCAAUCGGCGUCGCCCAUGGGCACCUAG